AUGAGUAGAUUCGACCUGGUAAUAUUCGGGGCGACCGGAUUCACGGGGAAACAUGUAGUGAGAGAGCUCAUCAGAAUCGCUCCUAAAUAUCCAGGAUUGACCUGGGCUGUGGCUGGGAGGAGCAGGGGGAAAAUGGAAACGCUUUUACAACAUUUCACCAAAAGAACCGGUGUCGAACUAUCUAAUAUUAAAAUAAUAAUAGCCGACGUGAGUGACGCCGAAUCUUUGAAGAGCAUGUGCAGUCAGGCUAAAGUACUAGUUAAUUGUUGUGGUCCCUUUAUAAAGUACGGCGAGCCUGUGGUGUCUGCGGCGAUCGAGAGUAAGACACAUCACGUGGAUGUGAGCGCUGAGAUAAAGUUCACAGAGUUGCUACAUCAGAAAUUCGACUCCUCAGCUCGGGAGGCCGGCGUGUGUGUGGUGUACGCGUGUGGUCUGUGUAGUCUACCCGCGGAUGUGGGAGUCUUGUACCUGCAACGAGAAUUUGAAGGUGUAUUAAACUCAGUAGAAUCAUACCUCAUAACUUACUUCCCUCCGAAGAUGUUGUAUGAGACCUGGAAAAAUGGAAUCGUUCGAUACAGCACCUGGGAAUCCUUAAUUAACGGUAUGGCCAGCAUAUCGAUAAAACAAUUGCAACAAAACUCACUCCCGCCGCUGGAGCAUGAACUGAAAAGCAGAUGUUUAAUACAUAGGAAUCUCAACAAAUGGUGCAUUCCGUUUCCCGGUGCAGACGCGGCCGUCAUCUCUCGCACACAGCGCCAUCUCUUAUCGACGACUGACAACCGACCCGUGCAAUACAAACCGUAUAUAACUUUCCCCUCUAUUUUCACAGCUAUAGGGGCUAUUAUCGCUGGUGUUCUUUUGUUCGCACUCAGUAAAAUGUCGUGGACGAGAAAAUUACUUCUGAACUAUCCACGGCUGUGUACAUUCGGCGUGGUCACGUAUGGUGAUACUGAAGAGGGCGUAAUGGAUGACGCAUACUUUCAAUAUGAAAUGAUGGGUAACGGUUGGAGUACAGGUGCAGACCGAAGUGGAGCGCCUGACAAAAAUAUGGUAGCAAGGAUAAACGUUUCAGGGGUAGAUCCGGCGUAUGUUGGCUCUGCAAUUGUCCUUAUUUAUUCGGCAAUCACUUUGUUGAAGGAAAAAGACAGAAUCCCUGAAUGUGGCGUAAUGACUCCCGGAGUAGCUUUCAAAAACACUAACAUCAUAGAACAUCUUAAAGCAGACAGUGUCAAAUUUGAUAUUGUUAAAUAA